AAAAUGAUUUUUUGUCCCUGUAAUUAUUACUUCAAUUAUGUAUAUAAUUCUACAAGCAAAUAACAUUUGAGUGCUUUUACUUUAAAAUGUCGGUUUUCAUGUGGUUUGUUAUUUGGUGUUUGUUUGUAAGAAUGUAUCCUCAAUUUUGCAUAUAAAUUUUACUCUGUAUUCCAAGUAAUAUUCACUAAACUACUCCAUUAACUUUAUUAGUUGAAAUGUGCAAGUAAAAUGUACUUGGGUGAUAUCAGUGAACCUGGCAACCUCCCUUGCACUCGGUGUGUGACGUCAGGCCGUUCGUUGCAUGCUGUGCUGUUGAGUGCCUCUGCCCUCGCACAUGUGGACACCUGAGACCGUGGAUCAGCAGUGGGAUUUUAGUCGACAUGGGACCGCGGAGUCUUCUGCAACUCCCGACCAUGUUUGCAAAGUUUGGAUGAAAACAAGUGCAAAACCGGAUACCCACAUUUGAGAGGAAUAUCGCGUCCGCGCGCGCGCGUGUGUGUGAUGGUGUGUUUUUCCAUCCACAUGGGGACAAAAUUCUGAAAAAAAAAACUUUGACCUCAAUUGAGGAAGUACACGAUAAGGCUACCCUGAAACUUGUAAUGACUGAACCAGUAGUCUUAACUAUCAGUCCUGUGGAUUUGUCAGACAUAGAAUCCUCAGUACCACAGUCUUCAGAUGCAAGCUCUGGCCACUCAUCUGGAUCACAGGACACAAUCCUGCUUUCACCAGAAGAUAAAAGUGGAACAUCUUUCAGGUCUAAGCCAUGGCCAAGUAAGUUUGAAAUACCGCCCUUUUCUUAUGAUGUUGACCUUGUACUGGAAGCUGGAAACAAGGAUUAUGAAAAGGAAGGCACACUGUUGAACAACCCAAGAGUAACAAGUAGCAUACUUGAGAAGCUAUCAGAGACAAUAUUUAGCUUCACAGCAUACCCAACUGGUGUCCAGAUUUUAGCUGUUGCUGAAGCUUUGGUAGAAAAGUACCCGUGCCUCAAAGAGCCAGGGUCUUUUAAUGGCUUAUAUGGCUGGCAACAGAGGAUCAAGUAUAAAAUGGGCAAUUACCGGGCAAAGUUAAGAGGCCGCCAGCUAGCCAUUCCAGAACUGGAGGUUAACACACUGAAGAAACGAUGCAUCAAUGAAGAGGGUUCACCAAAAGGCAUCAAAAGGGCAAAGAAAGCUGAAGUGAAUUACCUGCCACCACUGCCAUUAGGAGAGACAGAGGAAACUUUAGAGAAUGAGAGACUAGAUCUGCUCAAGGAAAUAAAGAAGAAGAACAACGGGAAGAUAAUCAAUGAGAAAAUGGAGAAGUCUUUCGCUCUCAGAAGAAAAGAGGUUGUCAAUGACUGCCCCACAGUCCAAGACCUCAUGGAACGAUGGCCUGGUCUGUUCAGUCAAACUCAGAUCAAAGAAGAGUUCAAACGAAUAACCACAGUUCAUCUGGAGCAAACGUUUUUGUCCAAACUGGACAGGCACACCACCAAACUUGUGGAGAUAUUUAGGAAGAAAGGCGGGAUUGCAGGAACAAAGAUAAGACCGAUGUUGGACUCACUAAGUGAGCAACAUAUCGAAGGCCGAAGAGACAUCAUCAUCCGUUGCUUGGUUGAGUUCCUUGGAGAGUCUGUAGAGGAGCUGAUCAAAGAAUACGAGGAUGUCAGCCAAGAGGCAGUGAAGGAGGACUGCAGUCAACACUUGAUGAAAGUCAUCGUCAUCUGUCAGAACCUGGAACAGGAAAGCCAAGACCUCAGCUAUGUGUCUGUAGUCAUAGAGGGGAAAGAGGUGUUGGAGGACUGCAGGAGUGUGGCAAAUGCUUGUCUGCUCCUCAUGGGUGUCAUUUAUGCAGUCAAUCUGAGUUACCCACUGAAACUCAAAUACACAUUUGAGGUAUUUCAGAAAAUGCUUCUUGAGCUCGAUGCUCUCAAAAUGUCUUCAAAGGUCCAGGCUCUCCACAGGAAACUACUAGCAUGAGUGUGUUGAAUGCUGCAGUGUUUUGAAUCCAUGUGCCCAUGCACAGGAAAGGUUUAUAGUUCUUGUUCUUCUCACAUUUCCUUCUGUGAUCACAGCGAUCCAGUGUUAGUAGACAGUUGAUUCAGUUGCUGUUGUUGCAGUGAUACCUCUUCUCUGUUCUGAGGUUUAAAAGAAAGGAAUACCCUACAUAUGGGAAAUUGCCAAGGUGUGCGUGCGUGUGCGUGUGUCAUUUCUGAAAGUCAUUUCUUCCCCGAUUUUUAGAAAUCUGUGAAUAUUUGGAAGAAAGUGUCAUCAGCAGCAGGUCAUGUUUUCUUUUAAGAGGAUAUUCACACUAAUUCUCCAUUGAGUGUGUGGGAGGAUUCCUCACCUGCAAUACAAAGGCUGUGUUUAUUAGAUUUUAAAGGAUGUUCACUGUUUCUCAGCCCUAUUGUGUGUGGACAGGAGUGUGCGUACGUGUGCAUGUGUGCAUGAGUGGGUGUCUGUCUGUAAUGAGACAGAAGUGUGUGUGUGUGUUUUCAAUCUUUGUUCAUGUACACCAAAGGAAGGUUAUGAUGUUAUGUAGACAUACAUAUAUGUCAGUGCAAAUUGGAAAAUAAAAUGUCCAUUUGAAAAAUUGAAAAUGUUUAUUUAUUCACUUCACAGAAAUGGCAACAAAUUUAUUGUGGUAAUGUGAAGUCAUAAAUUAAAUUUAAUUCAAGUAAAUAUUACUUAAUCAUUUCAUAGAAUUAAACAAAGAAAAGCUUAGUUAAAUAAGAGUAAGAACCACCUGAAAUAUUUAACUGGAUUUUGCAAUUAAAAUGCAAUGGUAAUUUAGUAAAAUUUACUUCCAAUAGGUGAGUUCUGCUUGUGAGAUUUACUUGAGUAUUUUUUGUAAAGAAAAGGUGUUUUUAGGAAGUAAAUGCUACUUAGAAUUAUCCUGAGUAAAAAUUACAAGGGAUUUCCGUGUGGAAAAACUUGCCUAGCUUUUUUUAAGUAAAUGUCACUCCAAAUUUUUU